UAUGGUCACCAUGGUAACCCGUGUUAAGCCAAGCCUGGCAGGGCGGUAAAGGGUUAAAGGUUUGGGGGGGGGUUUCUCAUGCUGCAGCUAGUCUCUCUUUUUGUUCAGUCUCUAGUAGCACGACAACGAACUUACUGACAGCUGCUCAACGGAUCUUCCUUGCGUCUUGACACAAAAGAGCAGUCAUGGGGAAAGGAUGUAUUACCGCCACUAAGUGCUUCCUGUUCAUGUUCAACCUCCUCUUCUUUAUUUUUGGAGCUUUAUUCUUGGGAGUUGGACUAUGGGUCAUCCUGGAUAACCAGAAUUUCAACAUGGUUUUGGAAGAGUCCACAACGCUGAAAGCUGGUGCCUACAUCUUGAUUGGGGUUGGAUCUCUGUCCAUGCUUACUGGCUUCCUGGGCUGCAUCGGUGCCAUCUUUGAGGUCCGCUGCCUGCUUGGACUGGUCUUCACCUGUCUCCUCCUCAUCCUCAUUGCCCAGGUGACGGCCGGUGUCCUUAUCUACUUCCGGCGAGAUGUGCUGAAAAAUGAGAUGUCCAAUAUUGUGAACAAAAUUCUGGUGAACUACACUGGUUAUAACAAGACAUCUGAGCAAGCCUUGGACUACCUUCAGAGAACGAUGAAGUGCUGUGGUUGGACUGGAUCAUCUAACUGGACCGAGAAUGUGGUGAUAAACAGUCAAAAGAACAGUUCUCAGAUUCUAUACCCAUGUUCCUGCACAAAUGAAUCCAUCAAUGGCACAGGAAUAAAAGAAUCAGGCCUAUGUGAAACCUUUUCCCCUCAGUGGCCUGUCUUCACUAAGGGUUGUAUAUAUAGUUUGGAGGACUGGCUCAUUGGGAACUGUGGAGUUAUUCUGGGAGUCUGUGUUGGUAUAGCAGUGAUUGAGCUUUUAGGGAUGAUCCUGUCCAUGUGCCUCUGCAAGAGUGUCCAACAGGAGGAUUACACCAAAGUGCCCAAAUACUGAGAGCAAACCCCUCUUCAUCAGAAAACAGCAGUGUUACAGCCUCUCCACACCAGCAACAACUGGAACACUGCAGACCAGACCACAUCCCAUCACCCACAUACACGCAUCCGUUCUUCACUUUCUUAGCCCCUGUAAACAUCCUGUUUAGGAUCAACAUUUUACGAUCAGGAUUGUUGUACCUUUUUCUUUUAAAGAAACUAGUGAUCUUUUCUUGUUAGUGCUCUGCAGGGUCUGAAUAGCUUUAAAAUUUGUAUAGCUACAUAUACUGUACGGUGACUGUUUCAUUUAUGGUUUUCAUUGUUAGUUGAAUCUGAGAGCACUUUAGUUAACAGCGAGUUUGAAAUGGGAGUGAGCUAUUAGCUCAUUUAAAAUGAUUUGUAUAAACUAGAGGGGAAAAUCAACACUUGUUUUUUUUU